AAGAAAACAAAGAGCAGAGCCGGUAUCGGCCGUCUGGUUGAUGCUGCAGCUGCGGGCGAAUGUGAAUGUGCGAAGCCAUUAUAAACCCCACCGGGCGUUGCGUUCUCCCUCUCUUUUUUAGCUCUGUUCUUCUCCUCCUCUUUACGACGAGCAUACAGUGAGUGCUGCUAGAGCUGGUGUGGUGCUCUUCAUUGAAUACCAGAAACUACUGUGUGUGUGUGUGCGCGCGCGCGCGCGUGUGAGAGAGAAAGAUGGCGGAGAAGGAAGGUGGCGUAGGGGUUGGGUUGGAUUCGAUGGAGGAGUUCUUGAAGCAGUGCGAGCAGUCGGGAGAUGCAGCCUACGGCGCCUUCAGAUCACUGCUGGAGCGCCUCGAAGAUCCUUCUUCCCGAACUCACGCUCGCGUCUUCUUGUCUCGCCUCCACCGCCGCUUCUCCUCCGACGAUUCCUCCGAUCAUUGCCUUCGCACCUACCAUUUCCAAAUCCAAGACAUCUUCCUCGAGCAAUACGAAGGCUACCAAAGGAGGAAGAAAUUAACUAUGAUGAUUAUCCCCAGCAUUUUUUUCCCAGAAGACUGGUCCUUCACUUUUUAUGAAGGACUCAAUAGACAUCCCGAUUCUAUCUUUAAGGACAAGACAGUUGCUGAACUUGGCUGUGGAAAUGGAUGGAUAUCUAUUGCCCUUGCUGAGAAGUGGUCACCUUUGAAGGUCUAUGGCCUUGAUAUUAAUCCGAGAGCAGUAAAAAUUUCAUGGAUAAACUUGUUCUUUAAUGCUUUGGAUGAUGAUGGUCAACCUAUCUAUGAUGGGGAAAAGAAAACUUUACUUGAUAGGGUGGAGUUUCAUGAAUCUGAUUUGCUAGCUUACUGCAGAGAUAACAACAUAAAACUUGAACGAAUUGUUGGAUGCAUACCGCAGAUUCUAAAUCCAAAUCCAGAUGCAAUGUCAAAGAUUAUUACGGAAAAUGCAAGCGAGGAGUUUCUGCAUUCAUUGAGUAACUAUUGCGCACUUCAGGGUUUUGUUGAGGAUCAGUUUGGCUUGGGUCUAAUUGCCAGGGCAGUUGAGGAAGGAAUAGCUGUCAUCCAACCUAUGGGGAUUAUGAUCUUUAAUAUGGGAGGCCGUCCGGGACAAGCUGUUUGUAAACGGUUGUUUGAACGCCGUGGUUUCCGUGUUACCAAGCUCUGGCAGACAAAAGUUAUUCAGGCUGGUGAUACAGAUAUUUCAGCCUUGGUUGAAAUUGAGAAGAAUAGUCCACAUCGAUUUGAAUUUUUCAUGGGUCUUGUUGCAGAUCAGCCAAUAUGUGCCCGAACAGCAUGGGCCUAUGGAAAGGCUGGUGGCCGUAUUUCUCAUGCUUUAUCAGUUUACAGUUGUCAACUUCGUCAGCCAAAUCAGGUUAAGACAAUUUUUGAGUUUCUCAAAAAUGGAUUCCAAGAUAUCAGUAGCUCUUUGGAUUUGUCUUUUGAUGACGAUUCUGUUGCUGAUGAGAAGAUUCCAUUCCUAGCACAUUUUGCUAGUGUUUUGAAAGAGAGUUCAUUUUUCCCAUAUGAGCCACCAGCUGGAAGCAAACAAUUUCGUAAUCUCAUUUCAGGCUUUAUGAAAACUUACCACCACAUUCCACUUGAUGCUGAUAAUGUUGUUGUGUUUCCUUCAAGGGCUGCAGCAAUUGAGAAUGCUCUUCGAUUAUUCUCACCACGUCUUGCAGUUGUUGAUGAACAUCUGACCCAGCAUCUGCCCAGGCAAUGGUUAACUUCUCUGACAAUUGAGAAUUCAGAAACUGAUAAUUCACCAGAGGACGUACUUACAGUCAUUGAAGCACCACGCCAGUCAGAUUUGAUAAUUGAGCUAAUAAAAAAAUUGAAGCCACAGGUCGUAGUUACUGGAAUGGCUCAUUUUGAAGCUGUUACUAGUUCAGCAUUUGAGCACCUUUUAGAUACCACGAGAGAAACUGGAUCACGUCUUUUCCUAGACAUAUCUGACCACUUUGAGCUAUCCAGCCUCCCAGGUUCAAAUGGGGUCUUGAAAUAUCUUGCUGGAACUACUCUCCCCUCACAUGCAGCAAUUAUAUGUGGCCUAUUAAGAAAUCGGGUAUAUUCAGACCUGGAAGUAGCUUUUGUAAUUUCAGAAGAGGAGAGCAUCUUUAAAUCAUUGUCCAAGACCGUGGAACUAUUAGAAGGGAGUACUGCACUAAUCAGUCAGUACUAUUAUGGUCGUCUGUUCCACGAACUUCUGGCCUUUCAGCUUGCUGAUCGACAUCCACCAUCCAAGAGAGAAUGCGAAAAGGCCAAAUCUGUUGAGAUGAUUGGGUUUGCUACUUCGGCCAUCUCAGUCCUGAAUAAAGCCGAAUUAUCAAUCAGUGAUGCAAAGAACUCUUCCCUGAUACACAUGGAUGUGGAUCAAUGCUUCUUGCCAAUACCAUCUCCUGUGAAGGCUGCUAUCUUUGAAAGUUUUGCAAGACAGAAUGUAACCGAAUCAGAAACUGAUGUGACAGCUAUCUUCAAACAAUUUGUCAAGAGCAAUUAUGGGUUUCCAACUAAUGGCAGUACGAAAUUUAUUUAUGCAGAUCGCUCACUGGCUCUUUUCAAUAAGCUUGUUCUUUGCUGCAUCCAAGAAGGUGGAACAUUGUGCUUCCCUGCUGGCUCACCUGGGAAUUAUGUAUCUGCCGCCAAAUUUUUGAAAGCAAACGUUGUGAAUAUUCCUACUCGCUCAGAAGUAGGUUUUAAGUUGACACAGAAGAUACUUACUGGUGUAUUCGAGACUGUGAAUAAGCCUUGGCUUUACAUCUGCGGACCAACGAUCAACCCAACUGGCUUGCUUUAUAGCAGUGAAGAGAUAGAAAACAUACUAUCUAUUUGUGCUAAAUUUGGGGCCAAAGUUGUGAUUGAUACUUCAUUCUCUGGACUGGAACUUGAUUUUAAUGGUUGGGGUGGUUGGGAUUUGGAGGGUAGUCUGGCAAAGUUGAACUCCUCUGGCAAAUCAUCUUUUUGUGUAUCGUUGCUUGGAGGGCUGUCUUUGAAGAUGCUUACUGGGGGGCUCGCAUUUGGGUUUCUGGCUCUAGACCCUCUUUUAGCGGAUGCAUUUUAUAGCUUUCCAGGAUUAAGCAAACCUCAUAGCACUGUUAAAUAUGGUAUAAAGAAGUUGCUGGGUUUGAUGGAGCAGAAAGCUGGAGGGCUAUUGGAUGAGAUUGCAGAACAGAAAAAGAUUUUGGGAAGUAGAGUUAAGCGUUUAAAAGAGGUAAUGGAAAGCUGCGGGUGGGAUGUGCUUGAAGCCAGUGCUGGUGUAUCCCUUGUAGCAAAACCGUCUGCUUAUAUUGGCAAGACAGUGAAGCUGAAGCAUUCACUGCAAGACGGAUGUAUUACUGAAAAUGAUGCUGCUUAUGAAGUCAAGCUGGAUGACUCAAAUAUCAGGAAUGCUAUUAUCUUAGCCACUGGGUUAUGCAUCAACAGUGGUGCAUGGACUGGAAUUCCUGGCUACUGCCGCUUCACAAUUGCUUUGGAAGACAGUGAGUUUGAACGAGCAUUGGACUGCAUUGUCAAAUUCAAAAAUGCCAUCAGUAACUGAAGUGCUCCGUUAUUGUCAUCUGCAGUAAGAUUCAUUGUUAUGAUGAGUCAUGACUUAGUUGUCAUGAUCAUAUAGUGUCUUUCAGUAAAAUUAAUUGUUAAGCCAUGAAUGAGUUGUCACUAAGAAUUAUAUUCUCAAAUUUUCACAAAAAAAAAUUAAACUUACUUUGAUCUUUUCCUGGCAUUGGGAAAAAAAGGGGUCGGGGUUUUAUUUCAUCACUCACGCUAGAAUACUCAAGGUAUCAACCUUGUGUUUUGUUUGUCUUGAUUCAGUCCAAGUUACACCUUUCCAUAUGAACAUUAUUGUCAAAGCAGAUACCCUAAGGUAAUAAAAAUCGUUUCAUUUUCCACUUGUA